GCAUUCGGUUAUCAAUCCGCAAACUCGAAAGCCGAUCCGAUUAUUAUAUCAUUUGAACACCUCGGACAAACAAUAUUUUAGGAAAAAUCAUCAAAAUUCUACGGUUUUCCGUGCAGUCGGAUCAUCACAGUGUACAUCACCAUUUCAAAUUCGAUGUUUCCAAAAAAUAUGACUAUUGUAGUUCUUGCUAUUUUCCUUACUUUUUAAAAUCGAUGCUGGAUUUAACGAAACAACGGGGUUUAAGAGAGGUGUUAGAUACAAGUAGUAAACGAAGAAAAAAUUUAUAAAUGUCCGAUUCAACGGUAAAAGCAAAUACAAGGGAAAAUCACUAUAAUUUACAAACGUUUGAUAAGCUGAUUAAACUUUCUUUGGGGCGAUAAAAUAGUAGGAAACGGGGUUUCAUCAGUGAGGUUCCUCUCGUCGAAGAGGCCGGCCGAAAAAUCACUCCAUGCAGGAUGAACCUAUCCACCCCAACUCAGCAGGCAUUCUUUACCUAGCCAUGAUAGCGGGCAGUCAAAUUAUGGAUAGAUACGAUAAAAGGAGCUUUGCUGGUUUAUUUGGGCAGUGCGUGACGUUAAGGGUAUAAGCAGGGAGAGGCAGGCGCACCAGCGGAAAAUGGUGUCUGUCUUAAAAACCACCGUGAGCGGGCAGAAGAAACUGAACGGGCACAACUUAUAUCGACUUUAGAAAACUUUUGUUUGCGGCCUUCCUACGCUUGUUUAGUCUGUUAUGACAAGUUUCGGUACUUCUUCAUAUUCAGUGGUUGGAUUGAGUCUUAUAGCACUUGGCAAUUUGGUAGCUAAUGGCAUGUCAGUUUCCUACCCAUCAGUCGCAAUUCCCGCCAUAAAAUUAGCUAAAGGUCGACUAGAGCCUAACGAAGCUUCAUGGAUCGGAAGUAUUCCACAGCUUUCCAUGAUCGUGGGCUGUUUCGUUGUGGGCCCUAUUGUAGAUAGAUACGGUAGAAGGAUGGCUUUUAUUAUGUCCGCCAUACCGGGAUUGUUAGGAUGGGUGACUAUCGCCCUGGGUGCCGAUCUUGUUUGGGUAUACAUCGGAAGGCUCCUGACAGGCGUUUCCAUGGGAUUCAGCACAGUCACCACUUCUGUUUUCCUGGCGGAAAUCACCUCACCGGCCCUCAGAGGACCGAUCACGAUGGGUAAGGCCAUAGCUUUUUCUACCGGCCUCACGUUUAUGUACGUAAUCGGAUGGAUAUUUCAGGGCGACUGGCGUAUCGUUGCUAUCGUGGCAGCCCUCGUCCCUUCAUUGACACUCAUUAUGAUUUUGAAGUACCUCCCUGAAUCAAAAAUAUGGGAAGAACAGAGUCCUUGUUCGAACAUAUCGUAUAAAAAGUUCUUCACCGAGUACAGGAAAAGACCUGAAGUUUAUAUACCUUUCAACAUAAUGAAUAUUCUCCUUAUUCUCAGACAACUCUCAGGUACCAGUGUCAUCUUGGCGUAUGCCAAUGACUUUUUGAUAAAAACAGGCGUUCAUAGCGGAAAAGCCAACCAGGUUUCUGUCGCUAUCGGGUUUACGAGGAUCAUAUUCGGCCUGGUCGCCGCCUGGCUGUCCAAGCGAUUCGGUCGCAGGAAACCCGUCACCUUCUCUGGGACAAUAAUGGCCCUCACAAUAUUGGGACUUUCGCUUUAUCUUCGGAGGAGCCAGGAUCUCAGCCAGCCAAUCCUUAUAGUCGGCUUCGUCGUUUUCGUAGGUUCGUCUACAAUAUUCACCGGCAUCAUGCAAAGCAUCGUUGGCGAGGUGUUUCCAUCCGACGUCAGAGGGAUGUGCAGCGGUUUGACAUCCUGCACGACUUACACAACAGCAUUCGUAGCGUUGCAGAGCUUUCCCUGGCUCUCCUCGGGCCUGGAUGGAGGUCAAUUGUUAAUGGUAUUCGCCACAUUUUGCGUUGUUUCGGCCAUCGCAACUAUAGCACUUUUACCCGAAACAAACGGAAAGACACUCGAGGAAAUACGGCAAAUUUUUGCAAAAAACGUUGAACCGGUUGAAACGAAUUUACCUUUGAAUCCCUCUAUGAGAGCAGAGACUACUUCAUGAAACAAAUUGAAAUAUUCCAAAGCAUCCUUGAUACUCAGGAAAUUGUACAUAGAACAAAUGUUUUGAUUUUAAUAAAUGAACUGUUACACGUUUUCA